UGCAUGACAUUUCCGACUUGUUGACGUCUCUUUUAAAUUGAGUUUUUGUUUGCGUGACUCCAAUUUGUAUUAUAUGGUUGCUGAUGGGAAGAUUAGGGUUUUUUGUAUUUUAUUUUUCGCACAAACAUUGGAGUAUGCAGAGUUGACACAAGACCAGACAACGUCCCGAGCGAACACACUUUACGACGAUGCGGAUGACAUCCAAAGGCAACUGGACAACGAAGCCAGGGAUCGGAUGAAAUACGGCUUUCCGAAAACUGUAUGGGUUUUCCAUCUUCCCACGACGUUUCCAGACAUGAGUUGGUUUCACGAAAUGAAAACUCCACGGAAUUCCUAUUUAUUCGGUAAACGUGCAACCAGCGGUGUAGAGACAGUGACGCCACUUUUAAGUAAUCUAAAGGCGUGGGAUUACAAAGAUCAGAACAAAUGGUCCACAUUAUUUCCGGAAUGUGCCGGCAGAUCUCAAUCGCCUGUGAACCUGCCGGCCAGCGGUCUGGUGAAGGCGAGGGGUGCCAGGCGACUGUUGUUCUGCAACUAUAAUGUGCCAGCCAAGUCCAUGAGGGUGGUGCGGGAUAGCCAGAGCUUAACCCUCUACGGCAAAUGGAACAAAGUAGACCGACCUCUAGUAUGCGGUGGAGCGGCUCAUAGCAGAAGAUAUCUCUUCCACUCACUAACCCUCCACUGGCCUUCGGAGCACGUGAUUGGGGGCCUGCAAUACCCCUUAGAAAGCCAAGCGCUACACAUAUCUGCUGAGUAUAAAACCUUCAAGGAUGCCGUGGCAGCGGCAUCGAGAGACAAACUGGCUUUCCUUGGGAUUGUAAAUAUAUACAAG